AUGUCGGACGACGAAGCCGACCCCGAGCUCGUCGAACUCCUUCGCCAGUCCCUAGGAUUAGGCAAGAAGACUGGGCCUCCGCCUCCUGCGGACACAAAAGUCUUGCAGAAUGCUCGCUUCAUCUUUGACAACUCCAUCGACGUGGCCUUGGACCCGCGAGGGACAAAAGCCGCCGCCAGGACCAUAUGGCAACAGAUGCAGCAGAAGAAUUACUCGGCCAAGUCGUGGUCAGAGCACGACCUCCACCCAAAGUCCAAGGACGAGAGCACAGUCGAUUUCAUCCUGACCAUGGACCUGCUCAACUUCAGCUUUUGGUCGGCUGAGCCGGACGAGCAGAAGAGGUUUUCCAUAGAGUAUCGCGGGCAAAAGUGGACGGGAUAUUGGAGUCUGGUCGCUGCCUUGCAGAGGGCACUUGAGGAGGAUAUCCCCAUCACAAGCCCUGAUUUCUGGCUCGACGAGGAUGCCCUCACCGAAGACGUCCUCCGACAUGUCUUCCGCUCCGCCACCGACGAAGAAAUCCCUCUCUUGGAAGAGAGACUAGAAUGUCUCCGCGAAGCCGGCCGCGUGCUGGACGAAAAAUACGAUGGCAGUUUCAUCAACUGCAUCUACGACGCCAACCAGUCUGCCGCGGCUUUGGUCAACCUCCUCGCCGACGAUUUUGCCUGUUUCCGCGACGAGGCAUCCUUUGACGGCCGCAGAGUGCGCUUUUACAAGCGCGCGCAGAUCCUGGUUGCCGAUCUAUGGGCUUGUUUUGAGGGUGAAUCGUUUGGCGAGUUUAAUGAUAUUGACAAGAUUACCAUGUUUGCCGAUUACCGCAUCCCUCAGAUGCUCAAUCAACUAGGCUGCCUGCUCUACUCGCCGCCUCUCGAAAGCCUCAUUCGCCGCCUUCAGCCCAUCGAAGUUGGCUCCAAGCGCGAGGUUGAAAUCCGCGGCACGAGUAUCUGGUGCAUCGAGCUGAUCAGGCAAGAAAUCGAGCGUCUUCAGUCAGAGUCGGAGUUGCAAUCUGCAAACUCUUCGCCGCAGUCAGAAGCAGCAGGAGAACAAGACAAAGAAAAAGAUGAGAAAGACACAGCAGUAGCAGUAGCAGUAUUGCACAAUCCAGGAGAAAAGCCUCACGGCAGGAAAUCGUACAUUAACGCCAUUCUCAUCGACUUUUUUCUGUAUGAUUCGAUGAAGGAGUUGGAGAGGGAUGGUCAGGAGGCUAUUCCGCAUCAUCGGACUCGGAGCAUUUGGUACUAG